AUGGCCAAUAACUCUUGUCUCAUUAUUAUCUCUCUCGUUGGAGUUCUUUCGUUCACCAUCAUUUCAAAUGUGGCAUCAUCUAAUGACGUCGCUUCCACCAUCUGUCCAAAAACCUCAAAUCCACAAUUUUGUUCAACCAACUCACUGGCAAAAACCGCCACCAAUCCUCAACUUAAGCAACGAUAUUCGUCUUGUGCUGAGAGCUAUGAUGAAGCUAUUGGUGACAUUGAAAAUGCCCAAAAGGACUUGGCACUUGGGGACUUUAAUGGUGUCAAUAUUGUAACUUCUGGUGCCAUGACUAAUAUUGGUGACUGUCAGGAUAAGUUCGCACAGCCGCCUAAGGAUACAUCGUUGCUUUUGAAGAAUGGCAAGACUCUAAAUGAUAUAUGCAGCAUUAUUUUGGUUAUAUCCAAUCUUCUUUGA